AUGAGCACCCAAAUAAUUGAUAGCCCCACGGCGGCAUCAAUAACAGCAUCAGACCCUGGAUCCGUAACGAGCAUCUUCACCGGGGUCUUGAAGUUGACUACCCCAGCUCUCGGAUCGGAGCCCUGCCCUGUCCCAACGGAUACAGUAGCUGAUGCCCUGAGCAAGAAUAGUGCCGCUGCCAUGGGCUUAGGAAGCUACUUCAAGGCAAAGAAGCCUGAGCCUAGGGCUCCGGUGCCAAUGACCGAGAAGAUAGCAGCAAACACAUCUCCCCACGGCAGCAGUCUGGACAUAGAGCUUCAACCCCCACAAUCGAGAUUCGGCUCAUCAAGAACCUCGAUAUCAAAUCGCUCCACACAUAGCUCCACUUUCUUGGACGACAUCAAGCAUGAGGUAAUGGUCAACUACCUGUACCAACAACAAUGCUCGCAUCUCUGGGUCAGCGAUGGGAGUGGCGAGAUUGAAGGUGUGCUUCUCCGAAAGUCCAAAAACACAUAUAUGGCUUGCCCGCCACAGUUGGGCAACUCUGCUUUCGCUGCUGCAUGUUCAGCGCUCAAUGUUCAAUGCGCCAUGACCGUCAACUCGAGAGUCAUCAAGACGUUCCUUCAAUGGUCCCCGGAUGCUGUAGACGUCCCCUUACUUAAUGGUCUCCGCAUCCAACUUCUCCCCACAUUCGAGGAUCUCCCCAGAGCGAGAAAGCAUCAGUUUGCUGCCUUUGUGGCUUCAGAAGCCCUAUUGGUUGUUUGGGACGAUGAGGCGUUACAUUUGGUGCAGCGUGCCAAGGCCAUCGAGUCGGAGCUGAUGGAACUCGUGUGGAGAACUGGCGACCCCGACGAAGACGAAAAGAAGGAUUCAAACGCCGGAGUAUACGAGAUAGACGAGGAGAGUGGGGAAAUCAUUCCCGAGAAGCGUCCGUUGCACCUGCAGAACACGGUCCUUGUCGCCAUGACCUUGGUCCUCAUCAUGGUCUUCUUGGGAGCCGGUGCCAGACAACUUGCCAUCCAGACCACGGUUGACGGGAGCUACACCCGCCUCGCCCUCUUGCUUUUGACUCCAGUCCAGAUCUUCUUCACCCUCUUCUUUUCUCAAGUCAUCAUGGGUUGUUUGGCACAGUUGUUCGGUCCCAUCCGACAAAUGCACACCAACUCCAAGUUCUACUCUGCGCGUGCUCCUCCAAGACUCCAGUCUGCAACCCUGCCUCACAUUACCAUUCAGUGCCCGGUGUACAAAGAGGGAUUGAGCUCUGUCAUCGCACCAACUGUGAAGUCCAUCAAGCAGGCCAUCUCCACCUACGAGCUCCAAGGUGGCUCGGCCAACAUGUUCAUCAACGAUGACGGCCUUCAAAUUUUGAAUGAGGAGGAGCGACGAGCCAGAAUCGAUUUCUAUGCUGAUCACAGCAUUGGAUGGACUGCCAGACCAAAGCACGGUGAUGAUAACUUUGUCAGAAAAGGAAAAUUCAAGAAAGCUUCGAACAUGAACUUUGGCUUGAACAUUUCAUGCAUGGUCGAGCAGAAGCUCGCUGCUAUUAACCGACCCGUUGACUGGACUCAGGCCGAUGAGGCUACCUCUUACGAGAAAGCCCUAAAUGAAGCGCUCGAGGAAAAUGGACGCGCUUGGGCCGAUGGAAACAUUCGGAUUGGAGAUUAUAUCUUGCUGAUUGACUCUGAUACUCGUGUGCCUGCCGAUUGCCUCUUAGACGCUUGCUCCGAGAUGGAACAAUCCCCAGAAGUUGGUAUCAUGCAAUUCUCUUCCGGUGUCAUGCAAGUCGUCAACACCUACUUCGAAAACGGUAUCACUUUCUUCACCAACCUCAUCUACACCGCCAUCCGAUACACCGUCUCCAACGGUGACGUUGCGCCUUUCGUCGGCCACAACGCUAUUCUCCGCUGGGCCGCUAUUCAACAGGUCUCUUACGAAGAUGAGGAUGGCUAUGAAAAGUUCUGGUCCGAAUCCCACGUGUCCGAGGAUUUCGACAUGUCUCUCCGUCUUCAAUGCAAUGGCUACACUAUUCGACUGGCCGCUUGGGCAGGCGAAGGUUUCAAAGAGGGUGUGUCCCUGACCGUGUACGACGAGUUGGCACGGUGGGAAAAAUAUGCCUACGGCUGUAACGAGCUGCUGUUCCAUCCGAUCUUCCAGUGGUUCUACAAGGGACCCUUCACUCCCCUUUUCCGUCGCUUCUUGUUUUCUAACAUUCGAUUUACGUCCAAGAUCACUAUUAUUUCCUACAUUGGAACAUACUACGCUAUUGGGGCCGCAUGGAUCAUGACUACAGCCAACUACUUUGCCAUCGGAUGGUUCAACGGAUACCUCGACAAGUACUACGUCGAUUCGUGGAAGGUUUGGUUUUCCAUCAUCAUCGUAUUCAACGGUCUCGGCAACCUCGCUCUUGCAGUCAUGCGGUACCGUAUUGGCGAGCGCAGUCUCCUCUACUCGCUCUUUGAGAACCUGAAGUGGACAUUCAUGCUAGCAAUCUUCUUGGGUGGUCUCUCCCUUCACGUAUCGCAAGCUCUCCUCUCCCAUAUGUUUAAGAUCGACAUGACAUGGGGCGCGACAUCCAAAGAAGCCGAGUUUUCCAACUUCUUCAUCGAAGUGCCCAAGGUGCUGAAGAAGUUCUGGGGAUCCAUGGCUUUCUCCAUUGUUGGUAUUGCCGGCAUGAUCGUUCUCGCCAAGGCCCCGUUCGUGCCGUAUGACUGGAAAAUCACCGACUUCGUCGCUAUCUUACCGAUGGCGACGAUCGCAGCUAGUCAUCUCCUACUGCCGCUGGCCCUGAACCCGGCGCUGAUGACAUUCUCGUGGUAA